UUCAUGGUUCAGCCUUUUGUUUUCAUCGGGGGCAAAGUGGACAAUGUCUCUGAGCACAUCCAACACGUCUGCUGUGACCUGCCGUUUCUCCACUCCACCACAGAAGAUGGAGAUGCUCAGCGCUGAGAGGACGGAGUGAGGGGGUCCUGCCUGACACCGGGGGGAGGACCGAAAAUACUGACGUGUCAGAGCAGUGGGAGCUUGGAGAAACUCAUCUGAAGGGGUUAACAAUGGCUGUUAUUUCUCUCUAGGAGGAUGUUUCUUCUGUUUCAUCUCUUAAACCAGGUGCUGUGGAUGAAUCCUACAGGACGCCUGGACUAGAAGCUCCUUCUUCAGGCAGACUGGGUUCUUUUCUAAAGAAUGAAACAGAAGUAUAACUGAUGGAUCUUUAAAGCACUCACAUGUUUUGACCCAAAAGUUCCUUGAUGGGACUAGCACCAUUCUUCUGCAGCUCUGAGUUGAAGGUAUCGCCCUGCCUUCACCCCAGCCAUGCCUGAGAUGCAGACCUUCUACUACAACAUCCGCCGGUCCCCCGGCCUGUACCUGGACCCCACCCUUACACAGCUACGUCUCCUGGAAGACCGAGCAGAGUUCUGGUGGUUCAGGGAGCCACGGCACUCCUUGUUCUGUUACUGUGCCUCAGUGACCCUCAUCCUGGGCCUGGGUCUUGGUGGCGUAGGCCUACUGUCCACCACCGGCCUGUCUGUGGAGUGGCGCCUCGGGGUGGGCACAACCCUCUGCCUCUUGGCCCUGGCGGUUUUGCUCAAGCAGCUCCUCAGCUCCGCCAUCCAGGACAUGAACUGCGUGCGCAGCCAACGCCGCAUCGAGCAGCUGAGGAGCGGCGGGAAGGCUGACCCGGCACUGAUUUUAGCAGUGGGGGUGGCGGUGACGCUGUGCGGAGCGGUGCUGCUGUGCGUGGCCACCGUCAGCAACCGGAGCCGGGGUCACGACAGCAGAGAGAUGCUGGUGUCUGGGAUGGUACUGCUGGCUGCCGGCGCAGGCAUGACCCUGGCUGUGGUGGGCUACGGUGUGGGUGUGCACCUCAAGAGAAGAAGAGAACAGAGGAGGAGGAGGAGGAUGAGCAGAGUGAGGAGGCUGGGGGGUCCAUCUGUCCGAGUGUUCAGUGUCUCAGGUGGACAGAUGAGUCAGGUCAGGAGAGACACGUCUGCCAGCAGGACUAGUCUCAUCUGAACACUGGAUUAAAUCUGUCCUGUUGUUCCUGAGCCUCUUCUGUCUGUCAGAGAAUCACAUCAUCUAUGUUGGUGUCCGUUUAUUGUCUCCUGUCAGUCCAGUUAAAGUGAUCCACCAUUACUUAAACAUUUAUUUAACUGUAAAAUAAAGACCCGAAAAAUAC